AUGAGAAAGAACAACAUAAACUUGUCUCAUGAUCUCUUUAAUGUUUUCUUGAUCCUCGGCCUAUCCUUGAGCCAUCAAUAUGGUCUUUCCCAUGGAGCUGUGUCUAACACCAUCUCCGCAAAUCAAACGCUUUCUGGAGAUCAAAUCAUCGUGUCAUCAGGCCGAGUAUUCGCACUUGGUUUCUUCAAACUAGGUAAGGACGACUCCAUCAAAAACUACAUAGGAAUAUGGUACAACAGUCUCCCUGGUAAUCAAACUGUGGUUUGGGUAGCAAAUAGAGAUAAACCCGUCUCCAAUAGGUAUUCCUCCCAACUCAUUUUCUUAAACGGUAAUUUGGUGCUUCUCAACGAAUCUCAAACACCUAUUUGGUCCACCAACAUUUCAUCUUCAUCAUCAUCUCCUGUUGGGGCGAUCCUAGGUGAUGAUGGUAAUUUUGUGCUAAGGGUCGACGACGUUUUGAAAUCCAUAGUUUGGCAGAGCUUUGAUUACCCUGUCCACACAUGUUUGCCUGGUGCAAAGAUUUCAUAUAACAAACGCACUAAAACUCACAGGACCCUCACUUCAUGGAAAAACUCGGAAGACCCUUCCGUUGGGCUAUUUUCAUUUGAACUGGAUGGAUACAACAAUCAAUACAUUAUGCAGCACAACGGAUCCGAGCAGUACUGGACUAGCGGCGCGUGGGAUGGGAAGAUCUUCCGCUUGGUGCCCGAGAUGAGGCUCGGCUUCCUCUUCAACUUCAGCUAUGUUAACAACGAUAACGAGAGUUACUUUAUAUUUAACAUGUACAAUGCUACAACUAUUUCUCGAGCAUAUAUGGAUGUAACCGGGCAAUUCAGGGUAGUCAGUUGGGUGGAUGGUGUUGGAUGGAAUUUAUUCUGGAAUCAGCCUAGAACACAGUGUGAGGUUUAUGCUUUAUGUGGAGGAAAUGGAGCCUGCAAUCAGAUCACACAGCAAUUUUGCAAUUGCUUGGAGGGGUUCCAUCCCAUGUCACAGGAUGGUUGGGAUCUCAAUGAUUUUUCAGGUGGCUGUGUUAGAAAUAUCGAUUUGCAAUGCGGCAAUAGAAGUCAAGACAGGUUCAAGCUGUUCACCAACAUGAGAUUGCCCGGGAAACCAAAGUCUCUGCCCGACCAAAAGGAUAUUACGACAUGUGCUUCUUCCUGCCUCAAUGACUGUUCGUGCUCUGCUUAUGCUUACGACAACGAAGUAUGUUCGGUUUGGAAUGCAGAGUUAUGGAAUCUACAACAACUCGCUCAAAACGAGGGUAAUGGUAGGAGUAUUUAUAUCAGACUUGCUGCUAAAGAGUUUGCUAGUGACGCGGGAAGCGCUAAAAAGACUAUUGGUGCCGUUAUAGGUUCGGGUGCUGCUAUAGCUGUUUUGGGCAUGGUCAUCUUCGUUAUAUUGAGGAGGAAAAAGAGGUCGAACGUUGAAGGUUAUUUGGUUGCUUUCAUGUACCGGGACUUGCAAAAGGCGACCAAAAACUUCUCGGAGAAACUAGGAGGUGGGGGGUUUGGUUCUGUUUUCAAAGGGACGUUGCCUGAUUCAACGUUGAUCGCGGUUAAGAGGCUCGAUAGUAUCAGCCAAGGCGAGAAGCAAUUCCGGACGGAAGUGAGCACGAUUGGGAACAUUCAACAUGUUAACCUUGUCCGUCUUCGCGGGUUCUGCUCCCAAGGAAGCAAGAAGUUGCUCGUUUACGAGUACAUGCAAAACGGUUCUCUGGAUUCCAUUCUUUUCCAUCAAAAUGAUUCAAAAUCUAUUUUGGACUGGAAAACCAGGUACCAAAUUGCCACAGGAAUAGCUCGGGGCUUGGCUUACCUACACGAGGAGUGUCGGGACUGCAUCGUCCACUGCGAUAUAAAACCCGAAAACAUCCUUCUAGAUUCCGGGUUCUGUCCCAAGGUGGCAGAUUUCGGCCUGGCGAAACUCAUGGGUCGAGAUUUCAGCCGGGUGCUUACAUCGAUGAGAGGUACAAGAGGGUAUCUUGCUCCGGAAUGGAUAUCGGGAGUAGCUAUAACGGCAAAAGCUGAUGUUUAUAGCUACGGGAUGAUGCUAUUCGAGUUGAUAUCAGGACGAAGGAACUCUUAUCAAUCUGGAGAUGGGAGAAUGAAGUACUUCCCGAUUUGGGCUGCGAAUUUGGCCGUAGAAGGGGGAGAUAUUAUGAGGCUGUUGGAUGCUAGAUUGGAUAGUGAAAGUACCGAACCUGAGGAGGUGAUGAGAAUUUGUAGGGUGGCUUGCUGGUGCAUACAAGACUGGGAAGGGAAUAGACCGACAAUGGGUCAAGUGGUUCAGAUUCUUGAAGGGGUUAUAGAGGUGGAACAGUCUCCGGUUCCACGGGUUCUCCAAGACAUUGUUGAAGAAGAUGAAAGCUUGGUUUUUUUUGAAGAAUCAUAUUCUUCUUCAAACAAAACCUCACAAGCCCAUGCCACUUCUUCUUCUGACCAUUCUCAAUCCGAAAGCAUUUCUUCAUCCAUUCUCUUGAAAUAA